AUGGCGCUGCCAAAGAGGAUUCGAAAAUGUCUUCCCAUAUACGUCGGCUGCGUCUGCCUCGUCGUGCUCCUGCUCAACUUGGACCUCCUCCUUCUGCUGCCGAGCCCGUUGGGCAUGACGGCAUCAUCACCCGAGCCGCCGCGCGUCAAGCUGCCGGGGAGCACGUUCCCCCAAAAGAUAUGGCAGACGUGGAAAAUCGACCCCCUCCUCUUCGGCAUCACGGAGACGGCAAGGGCCAUGACGUGGGUCAAACAAAACCCCCAGAUGCGCUACGAGGUCAUCACCGACGCCAGCGACCUGACCUACGUCGAGCAGCACUUCGGGCCCGACGGCCUCGACCGCCCGGACAUUGUCGACUUCUACCGGCGCGUCAACCUGCGCAUCGUCAAGGCCGACCUGCUGCGGUACAUGAUUCUGUACGCCGAGGGCGGCAUCUACGCCGACAUUGACGUCGAGGCCAUCAAGCCCUUCCACCGCUUCAUCCCGGAGCGCUACAACGAGCGGGACUACGACCUCAUCGUGGGCGUCGAGGUGGACAUGCCGAGGUUCCGCGACCACCGCAUCCUGGGCCCAAAGUCGCAAUCCUUCUGCCAGUGGACCGUGGUCUCGCGGGCGCGGCAUCCAGUCAUGCUCCGUCUCAUCGAGAGCAUCAUGAGGUGGUUCAAGGCCGAGGCGAGGAGGCAGCGCGUGCCCAUCGACAAGGUCGAGCUGGACUUUGACCAGGUCAUCACGGGGACAGGCCCGUCCGCCUUCACCGCCGCGGUGCUCGCGGAGAUGAACAAGGCGACCAAGGGGCCGCGCGUCACGUGGGACGACUUCCACGACAUGGACGAGUCCAAGGUCGUGGGCCGCGUGCUGGUCUUGACCGUCGAGGCCUUUUGCGCCGGCCAGGGCCACUCCGACUCGGGCAACCACGGGUCUCGCGGCGCCCUGGUCAAGCAUCACUACCACGCGUCGAACUGGCCGAGCAGGCACCGGCGCUACACGCAUCCCGCCUACGGGCAGGUGGAGGAGUGCAACUGGGACGCCGAGUGCGUCGGGCAGUGGGACAAGGACGUCGCCGCCUUUGAGAAGCUGUCCGAGGCGGACAGGAAGAAGAUUGUCGUGGAUCGGCUCAAGCUGCUGCAAGAGCUGCAGCCGCAGCCGCAACCGCAACCGGAGCCAGAGCCAGAGCAGUAG